AUGCCCUACACUCCACCAUCUCCGUUGUUCAAUUCGCAAGUUCGCCCUCAGCCUGCUUCUGCUGGCUCUUCGCCGCCUAGUGUUCACCAUGGGCGACACAAAUCCGAGCCAGUUGUGAACCUCGUGGGAUAUUCACGCAGCCAAUCUUCCCCGCCGUCGAGCUCUUACAUCUAUCGCCAUCGACGGAGCCCAACCCACUCUCACCAUAUGUCGAAUCUAGGGCAGCAAGAUAUCGAACCCAACUCGAAAAGGAGGAGUAGCUCGUCAUCGUCAAAUGCCACACCCGGUGCAGCCUUGUGGAAGUCUCCAUCAGGUGCGAUGAUCCCGACAGGGGCAGUUAUCUCACCCCCGGACUCGAAAUCCAACUCGAGUGAUGAGGAAGGGAAGUCUACAGAAGGGUUGGAGGGAGAUAUCUCAAAGGAUUUUGAGGCCGUAAUAAUGUCCAUUGAUCAGAACUCACUUCAAACCCCCCCCAGCAGGAAAGGACCUGGCGCCAAGGCUGCUUCAAUUUCAAAACACACCCCAACACCAUUGGACUUGUCGAUGGCAUUAGCUACAGAGGCACAGCAGUCCCGUGUUAAGUCUCGCCUGAAGAAAGACACAUCAGGCGUGCCUCAUCCCAAUUCCUCGGAUGUAGCAACCCAUACCCCUGAGGAUAGCGACCGUGGCGAGGAUGAGAUGGAUCUCAGCACUAAGGCGUCUAUGGUGCGAAAGAAGUCCGGAGAACUUGUGAGGCCUGCGCUUCGACCGAAGAGAAGGCCCUGCAGUGCUCCGGGCACACCAGUAUUCUCAAAGGCAGUCCAUUUCGACUCUCAAUUGGAGCAUAUUCGCCACUUCCUUCAGAUUGACAAACCUCUCGCUGUCAGUGCAGGUUCUUCCCCCGUGGAGGAUUACGACGGUGAUAGCGAAUUUCCCUUCGACCUAGAUCCGAACGGACCUUUCCAAUCAAAGUCCAUUGAGUGGGAAGCUCGGAUCGCCAAUUUCCCAAAUGAUCUAGAAGCGAGAAAGACCAUGCCCGUCCGCCUGGAGCGGAUGUUCUUAUCGUCAGAUUACAAGAAUCUUGUUGGUGUGGUUUCCGUUGCCAACAUUUCUUUCCAGAAGCAUGUUGUGGCGCGAUUCACAUCAGACUAUUGGAAAACAACGUCCGAGGUUGUUGCCGAGUAUAACGACGAUGUUCGUCGGCCUAUCCCUCGGAGCAAACCCUCGUCCUUGAGUAAUUCUCGCUCAAAAUCUGUACCUCCUUUCCCUGCAGAGCCCGGAUUCAAGUCUCCCCCUUUGCCUGCCGUGCCUAAUCACCAUCGACCUAAAAGUUCCGCAGUGAAAUCGUCAGCUUCCCAGAAGGAUGAUGAUUUCCACGAUCCACCCCCCAUCCGGAGAACUUCCCCUACCCCUCGCACGUUUGGACACCGCUAUGAUUUUGGAGCAUCGUUGUCAGCUGCAAUGCAGCCUGGAAGCGCUGAUCAGACCCGCCGUGGCAAACAUGCUGACAAGACAACGUUUUCGCCCGACUCCAUAGCUGGAAAUCUUUCUGGCUCAAUUAUUCCAGACAAGUCCGCGAGGCGUGAACCCUUUGAGCCCCCCGCGGCAGCCUCUCCAGGAGUUUCUCAACUUCGUACAUCCUCGCCUAGUCCGAUGAGACAUACCGACCUUGUGUCAGGACAACCUUCUCAUCAGUCGCCACUGUACAAGGAACUCGUGGAUAAGUACUGCUUCUAUGGAUCUUCCAAGACAGACUCACACGCAACAACCCAUUUCUCUCGAAAAUCACCUAUCACCGCACCACGGGACAACGAAACCAUGACAACUGAUGCUCCUACCAGUGCGGAGUCUGCGUUGUCGCCGCCGUCGUCGCCUCAGGAAGCAUCUGGUAAUGAAAAGCAGCCAUCUCCGUCGAAGCCAACCAAUGACGAUCAACGAUCUCCAAGGCACAUCUCACCCAGUCGAUCCCCAGGGACCCCUGAACGGGCUUCUUCCUCCUCACCUAAUCCACCUUGUCCGAAUUGCUUUACUCUUCCAUAUCACCAGUCGAUGCAUAUGACGUUAUCUGAAUCCCCCACUCAAACAUUUAUUCGAGGAUAAAUCCAGCAGCAGCGCCGGUCCGUUGUACGCUGUUUCCACCCGACUUCUAAUUCCUCACGUGCACCACUCGUUGAUUGAUAGGAGGGUAAAAGGUGUAGCUACCUUUUCUUGAAUCCUCUAGAUCACGGAUAGGGCCGCGGCUGUGAUUGGAUGAAGGAAAGGGAACGAAACGAAACGUAACGGAGUUGGCUGUUUAUGUUUUUCUUCUACCCCCUUCAUGACGGAUGAUUAAACUCUCCGUGCUAUACUACUGUUAUUAGCAGACCAACCUACCGUUUUCGGUAUUACAUUCCUAUCACUGUUUGGAAAAAACUUGGACGGUGCCACUGAACAUAUGGAGAGGAGUUUUGCUUUGUGCGAUUUAGUUGACGUCUUCAUGUUUUUACGCCUUUCCCAUGUCUCUUCCCAUUUCCCAUUUUUAAUCUCUGUUUCUUUUUUUUUUUUUUUGGUUUCCACGGCCCUUGCUCUAUCAUGCGAGCCCCAAUGAUGAAUGAGGGUAAAGGAGGGCUUGUCUUUUCUGUCCAUGAUGAGUUUUCUGGUAACUUACUGCACUUCCACUGACUUUUUGCGCUAUUUUUUGUUUUUGUGUUCUUGGUUUCUUUCGUUUUGAAUUCUGAUGUAUUACGAUUUUCGAGCUUUUCUUCUACAUUCUUGCUUGGCCCUGGAUGAACUGCUGUUGCUUUUGUUCAUCAUUUUCUUGUCUUUUCUACUUCUUUUCUCCCCGGCUAUGUUUCCUUCUUAUUAACUGUGUCUCCUACUGUAACUUAAUAUGCGGGAGUUAUGAUUUUGUUGUAAGGAGUUUUGGCUGCAUUUAAUCUGGCGUUUUUUUUUCUUUUUUUCUUUUUCUUUUUGUUUUGUUUAAUCUGGGGAAUUAUUAUUUUUAUGUCAGGCGUUGUUGGGCCCGGAUCAAAAGUGUAUUCCUCGCUUUUCCACCUCUCUCUCUCUUUAUCUCUCUAUUUUUCGAAAAUCAAGCGGUUCGGGUAUGGCGGUUUUCGUUCUUUCGUUGUUUUUUCAUUACCUCUUUCCUAAUCUAUAUAUAUAUUUUAAAUCAUUGAUGUCUUGGUUUUGUUCUUCGUCUCCCAUAACUCUCUUCUUCUGCUCUCUUUCCGGAUUCCUGUUCUCUCAUGAUCCUCAAUUCUUUUCAGAGUGGUCUUUCCUGUUACCUCCUCUCCGCUCCAGCCGGUCAAGCCUUUAACUAUUCAUACCACUGACUUGUGAUGAAUGGAUGACUGCUGAGAUGAUGGGGUUGAACUGUGGUUGAUGGUGUACAGGGUAAAUCAAUGACAUAUGUUCGGUUCCUUC